GACAGAUGGGACAGCAGGCCAUGCUAGAGGAACCACUCAAGUAGACCUCGACCCGCUCACAGUGCUCGCACUCACUGCCCGAAAAAUACGCUUCUGUCUAUGCUCACAAACAUAUCAUCUUAAUAGGAAACUGGAACUACUAGACUGGGACAAUACCUUUGGACAAAAACUUGAAGGAUGCAGGACGGGAGCUGGAAUCAGUCCCUACCCCUCUCUCUGCUUAUGAAGGAUGGGGGCGGGGUACUAGAGAGAGACGGGGGGGUGUUCUCGGAGGCGUCGUCUGAUGGGGAUCUGUACCUGGACUCUAUGGCGGAUCUGGACGCCGGAGUCGGGGACUUUUCAGACCUUACCGCCUUCCUCAGCCAAGACGAAAUCAACCGCAGCCUGGACCUGGCUCGGGAGGCCUUCAGUGACGCCGAAGACCAGGGAGGUCCUGUCUCCCCUAUUCCUAGAACCCAGGAGCCGGCUCUCUACUUCCCCUCCCCCCUCAACACCACAGAAUACCUGACCAGAAGCCCCAGUUUCCCCCACCAGUCCAAAGCCCCCUCCCCAGAUGACAGCCACUCAGUCAAAGUCACCUCCAGCCAGAGUUUCCACCUCAGCAGGCCCAUACAGGCCACAUGCGAAGCCACUGCCUUGCCUGAGAAGUUUGUCUGCCACAAGAACAUCACCCCAGUCUACAAGCAGGACAAGCCCCGACUGGUCCAUGAGGGCUUGGAGCUGAAUGAACGGGCUGCCUCUGCCACUGAGUUCUGUAGCCGUGCUGCCACCUUCAUCGAGGAGCUGUCCUCCAUCUUUAAAGGCUCCUCCCGGCUGGAGCAAAAGGGGGAGGAAGACUCCUCCUCUCCCGACAGCGGGUACCUGUCUCCUAAGAGCCACUGGCUGCCCCCCCAAGGCUCUGCCUCUGUUCCCUCACAGCCUCUCAGCCAACAGGGGGCACCACAGCAGGGCGAGCCAGGCCUGGGUACCCAGCCAGCAAGCAUGAUGGGCGGAAUGGGUGUGAUGGGUGUCCCUCCUCUGAGUGUGACGGGGGAGCCAGUUGUCUCUGGUUUGAUGAGUGUGAAUGAAUUGAUGGGGGAGCAGCACAGUGGAGCCCAGUUGAUGGGGGAGCAGUACAGUGGAGCCCAGUUGAUGGGGAUGCAGCACAAUGGAGCCCAGUUGAUGGGGGAGCAACACAGUGGAGCCCAGUUGAUGGCGAAGCAGCAGCACAGUGGAGCCCAGUUGAUGGGGGAGCAGCACAGUGGAGCCCUGUUGAUGGGGGAGCAGAUGCACAGUGGAGCCCAGUUGAUGGGGAAGCAGCAGCACAGUGGAGCCCAGUUGAUAGGGAAGCAGCAGCACAGUGGAGCCCAGUUGAUAAGGAAGCUGCAGCACAGUGGAGCCCAGUUGAUGGGGGAGCAGCACAGUGGAGCCCAGUUGAUGGGGGAGCAGCAGCACAGUGGAGCCCAGUUGAUGGGGAAGCAGCAGCACAGUGGGGCCCAGUUGAUAGGGAAGCAGCAGCACAGUGCAGACCAGUUGAUAGGGAAGCCGCAGCACAGUGGAGCCCAAUUGAUGGGGGAGCAGCACAGUGGAGCCCAGUUGAUAGGGAAGCAGCAUAAUUGUGGAGCCCAGUUGAUGGGGGAGGAGCACAGUGGAGCCCAGUUGAUAGGGAAGCUGCAGCACAGUGGAGCCCAGUUGAUAAGAAAGCAACAGCACAGUGGAGCCCAGUUGAUAGGGAAGCAGCAGCACAGUGGAGCCCAGUUGAUAGGGAAGCAGCAGCACAGUGGAGCCCAGUUGAUAGGGAAGCAGCAGCACAGUGGAGCCCAGUUGAUAGGGAAGCCGCAGCACAGUGGAGCCCAGUUGAUGGGGGAGCAGCAGCACAGUGGAGCCCAGUUGAUAGGGAAGCAGCAGCACAGUGGAGCCCAGUUGAUGGGGGAGCAGCAGCACAGUGGAGCCCAGUUGAUAGGGAAGCAGCAGCACAGUGGAGCCCAGUUGAUAGGGAAGCAGCAGCACAUGGAGCCCAGUUGA